CCAUAGUUAAGGCUUAAUUUGCCACAUUUGGUUUAAUUGGGUUUUGUAUAUGUUCCCAUACGUGACUACUCAUCUUGUUGGACGCUUGAGCCAAGCUGCUGCACACCCUAAACUCUUCAACAACAUCAUCAAGUGACAUUUUUCAUGUUGAUCAUAUGAUCACGUUGGUCUUUUUCUUUUCCUGCAGACCAAACGAGCAGAAUCAGGGGCCAUGGAUGAACUAGAAGAUGAUGAGGUGGUUUUCAGUAACACGGCUCUGUAUGAGCAUCUUGUAUCCAGUGGGUUCAGUGACUUUGAGUCAGCCUCCUGCCUGCAGCAGACUGUCAUUCAAUCAACCGAGGUGUCUGUCCAGACACAACAGAAAGUGGCCGGUGUGAGGGAGCAGCUGACCGCCGUGGCCGACUGGCUCGGUGUGCGGCCCGGCCCGCGGCUGGUGCCCGCCGCACUCUCCGCCCUGCUGGACAGCGGUCUGAUGGCCGAUCGGGACCGAGCCAUGGCCGCCGACCUGUGCUCCGACCAGAGCCGCCAGCCGGGCACCGCCACCACUACGGACUCGUUUCUGCUGUCUGUCUUCCUGGCCGUUCUGGCGGUCGCCGUCUGGCUGCCGGCCUGGUGGCUCCCCCUGGCGGCGGCGCUGCUGCUCUGUGUAGGUGGCGCUGCGGUCGCCCGGCUCCGGGUGGCGGACGGCCAGCGCCGAGUGGACGAGUUCUGCCGCGCGGCCGGCGAGCUGAAACGGGCCGGCCUGCGCUGCUGCCGGCUGCUGCAGGAGUCGCACCUGAUGGCGCGCGGCGUCACACUGUCCAGCGGCGACGCCGGCGCAGAGGCGGCGUUCGCGGCGCAGUACGGCGACCUGGUGCAGGCGGCCGGCGCGUGCCUGCACGCCGCCUGCGCCGCCUACGGCCGGGCUACCCGCCGCCUGCGCCUGCAGCAGCCGCUGCUGGACGGAGUCGACCCGGACCGACACUACAUCGCCUGUGACCAGUCGGCCCUAGCAGGCUUCGACGAGACGAGCUUCACCGUCAAGGAUGUCAAGAGCCUGCACCAGCUGCUCGCCGAGAGUCAGUCGGAGUUUGUGCGCCGCUGCUGCCUGGGUCUGAGCGGCGAGCUGCUGCCGCCGGACGCCGACCGGACGCCGCCGGUGCCACUGACGCUACUGGACGAGCUGACCGCCUGCCUGACCGAGCUGCAGCGCCGCCUGAGCGCAGCAUACCGCGCGCACGCGGCGCUGUGGGCCGCCGAGCCGGAGCCGGCGCCGUCCGCCGCCCGGCCGACCGUCGGCCCCCAGCGGCUCUACGUGGGCGUCCACAGCGUGUGUCUGCAGGCUCAGGUGGUGGCGCUGCGGGCCCGCGCCCUCGAGGAGGCACUCUCCGAGGCGCAGGACGACGACGAGCAGAGUGCUGAGCCGCGAGCCAAGCUGUACGCCAGACUGCGCCGCGAGCUGACGGAGAUCCAGCGCCGACUGGACUCGGGCCAGCUGUUCUGUGAACAGACGCUGUUGCAGCUGAGCCGACUGGAGGUCGGGGAUUCCGAUCAGCCGGCGCCGGCCCACGCCCCGCCGACCGUCCCGGCGCCCACCGCCGCACCGGUGCCGCUGCUCAGCGACCUGCCCGAGCCGGAGCUGGUGGAUCAGUUCUUUGAGGCCGUGGUGGAGGGCGGCCCGCGGGAGGGUGCGGACAGCGAGGACGUGCUGCUGUCCCGCGAGGAGCGACUGAGACGCCGACUGGAACGUGACAGGGCCCGCGAGCUGCUCAGCGAACUGAACGUGGCGCUCACCGGCAAACGGCAGGAGUGGCGCGUCCGCGAGGCACUGGCAAAGGGCGAGCCGGUGCCCCCGCCCCCGCCUCCACCAGCUACAGGACAGCCCUCCGCGACGGCACCACAGGGGGACCCGUAUAAAGUGGACCCGACCGACCUGUACGACUUCAGCGGCUCGGAGGAAGAAGGGGACGCGGUGGAGCCGUGGCAGCGGCCGGGAAAGGUCGGAAGGCGCGCGCCGCCACCGGACGUUCCCGACGUGUACCGCGUGGACCGCCGUGACCUGUACAGGUUCAGCGACUCGGACGGUGAGGCCGAGCCGGGCACGGCGCUGGUGCUGCCGCCUGCCGGUGACCUGACGCACCUGCUGCCCGUGCAGCGGCGCGCCCGGCCGCCGUCCCGCCGGCCGCCCUCUCGGCCCGGCUCCAUGGCCAGCACCCCGCGCGGAGAGCCCGGCGCCCCGGCUGACCAGACGGGCGACUCGGCCGGCUCCGAGGGCUUCUCGCCGCUCCGGGCCGACUCGGACGCCUCUGUGUCGGAUCCCAGCGGCGCUGGCUCUCCGGCGGCGAGUGCUGAGGUCGCCGCCGCCCCUCCGCCGGCCGGCUCUGCCCGGUACCGGGCGGCGGCGCUCGGCCUGCCGCCUCGCCAGGGCUUCCCGGCCGACAUGGCUGCGCAGGCGGCCGCGCUGGCGCUGCGCCGCCGCCAGCAGCGCCCCGACGAGGAGACCUUUGGGGACCCCGACUCGGACGGUGACGACUGAGGAGCCCGGCCUGAGCGCUGGCCCACGUCGUACUACAGCGUGAGCGAGCCGGCUUAUUGUGGCCGUGGGAACGGCCGGUGAGUCAGGGCUUGGUGCCAGUCCGCCGCGCAGGGAGGAAGGUGCUGUUCAGGAGAGUGUAAUGCUCAGCACGGUCCUUCUGUGGCCAGGUCCCCAGUUGGGGCCGAUGCCAUCAUAGUAUUAUUCGUGCUUCGCCUAACUGCUGUGAAGUUAUCAGUGCUUUCGUGUCUGCUCGGAGUGUUGGCUGUUUGGAACGCCGGUAUGCGGCCGAAGACGGUCGGCUGCCGACGUUCUGCCGUUUGACGGUUUGCCUAGCUUCCGCUUAUAACGGGUGAUAUAGUUCGUACGUUCUGUAUCUCAACUUAUUACCGUAAGAUCAAAAUACUCAGAGUGAGCGUGUUUAUUGUUGUUCAGAUAGAUAUGCCUUGUUAACGACGUUGAUAAUCUAUUUUCAUAGCAUUCAGUUGAAUUGCGAAACAAAUUUGAAAUGAUCAAAUUGUUGUGCGUUGUGAUGACAGACAAUAUGGCUGAUGUUUUCAUGCGCAUCGUUGGUGUCGCUAUCACUGGAUGUGCCUUACGAUUUAAAUUGUUCAGACUACGACACAGUUAUAUUACGAAGAUGCAUGCGAUGUAGUGCGAAGACUGUGAACUCGGAUUGUUCUUGUUGGUCGUAUAUGCCUUCUGUUUGUAGUUACUGACAGUAUUAGUACAAGUUAAAAUAAAUGAGCGAGAUUUAAACCAA